AUAUAACCUCACUCUUCAGUUGAUUUGAUUUCAGCUGUUUAUCAAAAUAAUUGAAAUUUCAAAUGGAUAGAACUCUGUUUAUCGAUGGUUACUUGGUAGAUCUGAUAGACGACGAGUGGAGAAACGAUAAAUUACCCACAGAAGAUAUAGAGGUUCCUGCUCACGAAUUAGCUGACCCUGAAGCUGACACAGCUGAUUCUCACACUAGUUUGAAAGAGCAGGAACAAAGGUGGUCUGAUGUCAAUUUAAAUGCGCUCACUGAACGUGUCUAACUCUUCUAAUAUGGAAUUACCUUCUGUUGGUGCUCAUUGUUGUCAAGAAAACUGCAAUGCACUCGAUUUUCUUCCUUAUGUUUGUACUUGUUGCAAAACAUUCUGCCUAGAACACUUUACUGCUCAUAGUGUAGAUUGCCAAAUUGGGGAUAAUGUUGUUUCUGAAUUGAAAAAAAUUGAAAAUUUCCUUACAUGUUCAGAAGAGGGGUGUCAUGAAAGAAGUAUCAUACCGUUAGUAUGCCAAAACUGCAGUAAACAUUUCUGUGUCAAACAUCGGCAUAUUGGUGAAUGUGUUAAAAAGACAGAGGAUGAAUACAAAGCAGCAAGGGAAAUACUAGCUAUUCCUACUAACCAAUUCAAUGCAGCAAAGGCUAACUCUGAUAGAGAAAUAAACAAAAAAAUUGAGAAUGCUAUGAAAAACGAUAAUAAACGAAAAUUAGCGCUGAAAGUACAAUUGAUGCGUCUGAAAUCCAAGGCCGUUGGACUCCAAUCAAUACCACCUACAGAAAGAGUUUAUUUCAAUAUUCUCUUACCUUCAAAAUCAGAGAAAGCUGUUUAUGUUUCUAAUGUUUGGACCAUAGGAAGGACCAUCGAUUAUAUUGCAGAAAUAUGUCACUUGAAAAACAAUAAUAAUAAAAGUGGUGAGCUCAAACUAAGACUAUUCAAAACAGAUAAAAAUAUUUUAUCUCAUGUCAUGUCAGAUAGUAUUAAAAAUUUGAUAGACAGUCAGGUUAUCCUAGAUGGAGAGAGUAUUAUAAUUGAAUAUGUGAGCGAUAAUUGUGUUGUUUUAAAUUGAAUUUUCUCAAUAAAAUAGCUCUCUAUUCUGAA